GGUACUAAGUUGCUUUACGGGAAAAGGCUGCUCCAAUUUAGUCUGGAAUUGCUCUACUUUAGACUUUUUCUGGUUAUCAAUCUGUACAAAGAAUCACCAAACUGAAACAGCGUGGACCAAACUGAUAAAUCAGGCUGCCGAGACAAUUGUGUAAUUCGAUCGAAAAAGAAACGGACAACCUCUCAUGCACAUCGGGUAAUUGACAAAGGAUUUUACGACACAGUGAGAGAUAGGAUAAUGUAUAUAAAAAUAUGCAAGAAUCACAGGAAACUCACAUAUCCAACCACCUGGAUGAAAUUGUUGCUGCCGUCAGCAUAACACCUAGAAAAAAGCUCCAAAACAAGCUGCUUCAGACAGCACUGUUUCAGCCUCCUCGAGAGAAACUCCACCUCUGUGAAGAGAAAGCAAAGUCCUAUUCUAGCAGUCAUGAGUAUAAACAGGCUCUCCAGGAGCUUGUGCGCUGUGUGGCAUUGACGAGGAUCUGCUAUGGUGACUCACAUUGGAAACUGGCCGAGGCGCAUGUUAACCUGGCUCAGGGCUACCUCCAGCUGAAAGGACUGUCACUGCAAGCAAAACAACAUGCGGAAAAAGCCAAAGAAAUCCUCACCAACGCCAUUGUGCGUCCCUACAAUGACAAUACAGAUGUUUUCAAGUGUUCGGUUGAGUUAUUCCAUACCAUGGGGAGAGCCUUACUCUCCCUUCAAAAGUUUAAGGAAGCUUCAGAGAAUUUGACAAAAGCAGAGAGACUUUCAAAGGAGCUGCUGCAAUGUGGAAGGAUUAUAAAGGAAGAAUGGAUAGAAAUUCAAACGCAGAUCAAAUUGUCAUUUGCACAGGUAUAUCAAGGUCAGAAGAAAUCAAAAGAAGCUCUGCCCCAUUACCAAGAGGCUUUAGAAUAUAUUGAGAUCAGUAAAGGUGAAAAAAGUCUUGAGUGCAUACCAACAUUGAGGGAUUUGGCAGGUGUAGAACAAGCCCUGGGAUUUCACGACGCAUCCAUCAACCACCUUUUACAGGCUCAUCUCAUCGUCCUGAGCAGAAACCCCUCUCAAGAGGAGGCAGCCGUGUCCGCACACUCCAUCGCCUGUGCUGCUGUCGCUUCUGGGAGGCCUGAGCACCACGGUGAGAGCGAGAGCGAGCCUUCCGUGGGGUACAGCGAGGCCUGCUCCCUGCCUGUCCCAUAUGUGGCUGAGCAGUAUUUUCAGGAUAGCAUGGCUAAUCUUAAGGAUGCUGAAGGGAUAGGAAAAGCCAAAUUUCUUUCAAUUCAAGAUGAUUAUUGCCAUUUUCUACAAGUCACUGGACAAAAAGAGAGAGCUACCUCCAUCCUGAGAGAGUCCCUGGAGGCCAAAGUGGCAGUGUUUGGCGAUCUCAGUCCCGAGGUGGCAGAGACAUACCGGCUCCUGGGCGGGGCUGACCUGGCACAGGGGAACCAGAGCGGGGCCCACAAGAAACUGAAGAAGUGUCUUCAGAUCCAGACCCUCUUAUAUGGACCACAGGACAAGAGGACUCUGGCCACCCAGCGGACCAUGGAUGUCCUGUCCAAGGCCCCCGAGAAGGCCGUGAAGCCUCGGCAGCCCCCAAGAGCCAAGGCGGCCUUCUGCACCUGCGGGCCGCAGCACACCGUGCUGGGGAAGGCCAGGCCCAACGCAGCCGACUGAGCCCACCCCCACCAAAAGCUCUGCUCAUGCCUGGGUGCUGACACUUAGGGUGCUCUAUAAAUCUCUCUCCAUCCAGGAGGUGGACUUCAACAGUCAUUGGACAGAUUUUCUAGGCUGUUUGCUCCAAAUGCAACAGCGAUCCCAUAAACCUCCCAUGGGCCACCUUUUGACAGUGGAUGCCCUUCCCGGUGAUCUGGCGCUGCUAUAAAGCAUUUUUCUUUUUACCACCUUAGUGGUUUUUCUUGCCAGCAAGAAUUUUUACCCAUCAACACUACUGUGGCUGAAAGGCUUCUCUUCAAAAGUUCGAAACUUCCUGUGUAGGAAAGUAGACUCAACAUCUGAUCAUGUGUAUGUGUGUAUAUAUAUAUAUAUAUAUAUAUACACACACACACAUACAUACAUGGUGUAUAGCCCCUUGUGCAGGCCUGGAGUCAGAUCUGGAGCAGUAAAAUUCUGGGGAAAGCCCUUUCUUAUAGGAAGGUAAUAGGGAUUGAGAAUAAAAUGCUAAUAAAAGGAAAUUUGGAAGUCCUGGGGUCAGUAUGUGUUUGUAAAAUGAAGCCACCUCAGAGCUCCUCGGAGCCUGGAAAGGGGCACCGAGGAAGCUUCUCCUCACUCGUGCACUCAGACGCUUAUCGAAUCUGGUUGAGCACCCAGAUGUACCAGGCGUGUGCUAAGAACUGAGGGCACAACGACAAACAGGACAGACACAGUCCCCAUCCUCUCAGAGCUUGCCAUCCAACGUGGACGCUAGUCAUUAAUCAUAUAAUAGUGGAGUUGGUUGAUGACAACUGAGGGAAAGAGCCCGGUACCACAGGGUGGGUGAUAAAUGGCCCUGACUUUUCCUAGAGGUCAGGGGAGGCAGGUGUAAGGGAGUGAAGAGAGCUGAGCAGGAGUGAGGCGGGCAUGGAGGGGCUGCAGGGAGGGAUGCUGACUCCCUGCUGCUGCCAACUGUGGCCGCCACUCCGGCGAGUGUUUUUUUUUUGGAGUUGGCACAGCCCUUGGCCCCCUACUCUCCCCGUUGUGUUCCAGGUUCAGCAUGUAGGUGGUAAGAGGGUGAGGUGGGAUGAGUGCUCAUGUCCACAGUGGUCUUUAGUCUCUUGGAGGGGGGACCAUCCUCAUUCAAGAACGGAAAGAGAGAGGGGCAUGUUUUGAGCACCUCUCUCCAUGCUGUCAGUGGUGAGGUCCAGUGCCGGAACGAGGUGAAUGAGCACACAGAGGGUGGGAACGCGGUGUAGGCAAUGCUGUUCCUUCUCGUCCCCAUCCUAAUCCCAUGGGCUAGGUGCCCAGCAGGGCCGCAGGCUGCUGCUAAUAUGGCAGCAGGAUGCAGCAUGGCCCCCUCCCGCUCCAACACCCAGUAGGAAAGCCAAAACCACUCUGGGUCCAUUUGUGCUGGCCACCUUGAGAACUGAUGGGGGAAAUAAACCAAAGUUUCAUGGCAGGGUGGAGGGAGGCUGGGUCCCUUGUCCUCGACAGUGUGACAGCUGACUAUACAGGCCACCCCUGCUCGUACUCACCCAUCCCAGAUAGGCCUGUGGGAUGAAGGCACCAUUCAAAGGCGGCGUGAGAUGUCACUACUCUACCAAGUGUUCUAUCUAGGUGAAGACAUGGGUUUUGAUGUGGAUGGUGGAAAAGCAUUUUAAGUAUACAUCACACAGAGUCUGCCUCAAAAAUGUUUGUGCACCUCAGAAAUUCCUAUGCUGAAGCCCUAAAGCCCAAUGUGAAAGUAUUUAAGCUGGGGCCUCUGGGAAGUAAUUAGUACAUGAAGGUGAAGCCCCAAAAAUGGGAUUAGUGCCCUUAUAAGAAAAGACACUAGAGAAAUGAUCUUUCAACCAUGUGAGGGCACAGCAUGAAGGCAGCCGUCUGCAAACCAGAAGAGGACCCCCACCAAGAAUGAAUCCACCAGCACCUUGGUCUUGGAUUUUGAGCCACCAGACCUGUGAGAAAUAAGUGUCCAUUGUUUAAGCCUCCGGCCUGUGGUAUUCUGUUAUAGCAGCCUGAGCAGACUAAGAGCCCAUGCUAGGUUUUUGAAAAAACAAAAUGUAAAUUAUGGUGUUAUUUCUUCCUCUAUUUCUUGUAGGAUAAUAUUUUGGAAUCACAGAAACUAAAACACUUUUUAAAAAAUUUAGCCACCACCCUGAGAAAGAAUGAAUUUAGGAAUGUUCCAUCAAAUGUCUCCCAUCUAUUAAAUGUUUGAAUUUCAAAAUGAAAGGAAGAG